AGACGCAGAUCUACGAUCUAUUAGCAGCAAGAACAAGCUACAAGGUCACCCCAACAACAACCAUGGCUCCCAGCUUCGGCCGCUCCAUCUCCUUCCCGCUCAGCCCGGCGCGCUCCUCCAAGCCCCGCGCCGCCGCCGCCGCCUACCACGUCCGCUCCAUCAGCCUCCCCUGCCGCUCCCACCCGCUGCUCGCGCACCUCCAGACCCACACCGCCGCCGCCCGCGCCUGGGCCCUCAACCCCACCGCCGCCUCGCCCUCCUCCGGCCUCGCCCACAUCGACGCCCUCCACGCCGCGCUCACCGAACUCCUCCUCCUCCCGGAGCCCCAGGCCGCGGUCCGCGCCGCCUCCUCCGACCGCCUCCUCGACGCCUUCCUCCUCCUCGCCGACGCGCACCGCGGCUUCCACGAGGUGCUACUCACGCUCAGGAGCGACGCCGCCGAUGUCCGGGCCGCCCUCCGGAGGCGCGACGCCGCCAGGCUCGCCUCCGCCGUGCGAUCCCAGCGCAGGAACGAGAAGGAGCUCGCCCGCCUCGCUGCCACCGUGUCCUCCAUCGCCCUCAACAGCAAGUGCGCGCGCCUCGGCUUUGCCGGAGCCACCGCAGAGGAGACCGAGAUGGCAGCCGCGCUCAUGGACGCGGCGGCCGCCAGCGCCGCGGCCUCCGCCGCCGUGUUCUCGGCCGCCGCGUCGGUCUCUGCCGCCGCGUCCUCGUCCAAGAAGACAGCGACCUUCGUGGCCUUCACCAAGAAGGCGGACACUGCCGAUGUGGAGCCGGAGAAGCUCGAGGAGCUUGAGCAGUGCAUUGACGAGUGCGAAAGCGGCAGCGAGAUGGUGUUCAGGAGCAUUGUUCGGACUAGGGUUUCGUUGCUCAACAUUAGGACCCCCGCAAUUUAGAGAAUCACAUCCCCAAGAGAAGCUCUAACUGCUGUACACUAGAGAGUAUAUACUGUACAUAGAAACAGAGAACAUAUAUACAAGAAAGAAGACAUUUUGCCGUA